AUGAGCUCAAGGCCGCUGCGUGAGGUCCUGCCGGGGGAGUCGUUGUUGAAGGAGGACGAUUCUUCCAGCUGUGAUGUCAGUCCGUCAGCUGUCGGGCGUAUUGGGCGUCUGUGGUCAAGCUUGAGCAACCUCACGGGACUUAAAAAAAGAGACACUGGCGAGAGACUAGAGCGAUUCAGAAGAGAGCUUCUCACCAGCUGGCACCACAAUAUAAAAACCGUAACACAUGCCAGUAAAAGAUACCGAAGGGGCCUCGAGGACGGACUCGUCACGGACACCGAAGGUUAUUGGCUACUAACUAACCUUGAUGAUAACGUUUCUCCUCGACUGAAGUCUCUCAAUGCUCCUACUGGAACCAACUCUAUGACCAUAUUUGAGCAUGACUCUCGCUUGUUCUUGGUAGCUACACAUGGUACCGGAAUCGUCGUGUAUUCCUUGAACCUAAGUACUGAUACAUUUGAACAAGCUAUGCUUCCAAGUCAGGCAGCGUUUUAAAUGUGUGCCUGUAAUAAAGCACACAGAAUUUAUUGAAAUUGUCUGUGCAGAAAGCCUUACUGAUCAAGUUCAGACUGGCAGUGGUGUAUAUAGUAUAAUUGGAAAAACGGCCUUCGAGUCAAGUUUGUUAGGACUUUAAUAACACACGCAGCAAGAGAUGUCUGUACUUGGGAAAAUGAUGAUUACGUGUUCAUUGCCAUGGCUAAUUCCUUUGAUGCUAGUCUAAAUACAGUGGAAUGCAGCAGUGAAAUUUAUCGAAU